AUGGCAGACCAACACCUGAUCGUGGCCAAGAUCGUGGCCAUAGUGGUACUCCUGCUCGUGACCCUGAUCUUCUGCUUUAUUCCCUACAUUCUGGAUCGCUUCUACAAGUGGACCCAGCGACCCGAACACAAUGCUCGCGAAUUUAAGGUGGCGGAUUUCGGCGGAGGUGUCCUCAUAGCCACCACCUUCAUCCACAUGCUGCCGGAGGUGGUCGAGGUGGUAAGUGCUCUCCAGGACUGCCGCAUGCUGGACCCAACUCCCUUCGGCCUGCCGGAGGUUCUGCUCUGCACAGGCUUCUAACUAAUGUACUGCUUUGAGGAGACCAUGCACUUAGUGGUACGUCGGCGGCAGGAGAAGAAGCUGCGGGAGGCAGGCGAUGAGAUAGGGGCAGGGAUGAUGGUCCAGCUUGGAGAAAGUCCUAAGGAGCCCAACUGGUUGCGAGGCCUCGGAAUUAUCGUGGCCCUCUCCCUGCACGAACUCUUCGGCGGCAUGGCCAUAGGGCUGGAGAUGAGUGUGAGCACGGUGUGGUUCAUAACCGGAGCCAUUUCCGUCCACAAGCUCGUCCUGGCCUUCUGCAUCGGCAUGGAGGUCAUGAUGGCCCAUACCCGCUGGCUGCUGGCCGUGGUUUACCUUCUGGUCUUCUCGGUCGUGACUCCGAUUGGUGUGGGCGUCGGAAUGGCAGUCAGCGAAUCUGCCGCGGCAAAUCAGCCCAGCACGGUAUCAGGAAUCCUUCAGGGGCUGGCCUGUGGCACCCUCAUUUACGUGGUCUUUUUCGAAAUUGUGGCCAAAAACCAUGCGGGCAUGCGCGUUUUACUUUCGUCAAUGGUGGGGUUUGUCCUGAUGUUUGGCCUCCAGAUUGCAAUUGGCGAAGCCAAGGGGAAGAGCCAGUUCACAUGCUCCUUCGAAUAUCUAUCAGGAAAAACGGCUUUGAGCCUCGAACAAUAA